UACAGAGCUUUCUGUUAUAUUCCAUUCGAGUGCUUUGCUGAUACUCUUGUUGCUCACUCGGUGGACGCGUGUCUGUAUUUAUUUUCUCUAUUACCCGACGUAUCUUGUCUAUAAAAAAUUUUAGGUAUACUACAAAACCGAUAAACAACCAUUGUGCGUUAUGAAUUUUCAACCACUUUUGCAUUUGCGUCGUCACGCGACUACCCUGAAGCUGAAACCCGUGCAUACAUUGCGUACGUUGGUAAGGAGUGUGGCGUCGAAGCCACAGUUAACACAGAUAACAGACAAUGUACAGAGGGGCAAUUAUUCUACACUAAAUGAAAAAGAUGUGGCUUAUUUCGAACAACUUCUGGGAAAGAGCCAGGUUCUUACCGAUGACUUAGAAGGCUACAACACCUGUUUUCUAAAGCGCAUAUAUGGAAACAGCAAGCUAGUGCUGAAACCCGGUAGUACUGCUGAAGUUUCUGCGAUUUUACGACACUGCAAUGAACGCAAGCUGGCAGUCUGCCCGCAAGGAGGCAAUACUGGUCUCGUGGGUGGGUCGGUGCCUAUUUGUGAUGAGAUCGUACUUUCGAUGCAGCGCCUUAACAAGGUGAUCUCAGUGGAUGAAGUGACUGGCAUUGCCGUGGUGGAGGCGGGGUGUAUACUAGAGAACUUUGAUCAGCGGGCCCGUGAAGUAGGACUCACAGUUCCAAUAGAUCUGGGCGCCAAGGCGAGCUGUCACAUUGGUGGCAAUGUUUCCACCAACGCUGGUGGAGUGCGUGUUGUGCGCUACGGUAACUUGCACGGCUCGGUGCUAGGCGUAGAAGCAGUUUUGGCCAACGGGCAAGUGUUGGACCUCAUGUCUGAUUUUAAGAAGGAUAACACCGGUUACCAUAUGAAGCAUUUGUUUAUUGGAUCAGAAGGCACGUUGGGCGUUGUAACGAAGCUGGCAAUGCUCUGUCCACAUACCUCCAAAGCUGUCAAUGUAGCUUUUUUGGGACUGAACUCUUUUGAAGACGUGCUAAAAACGUUCGUUAGUGCCAAGCGAAAUCUCGGGGAGAUUCUUAGCUCUUGCGAGCUGAUUGAUGAACGGGCUCUAAACACGGCUCUGGACCAGUUCAAGUUUCUCAACUCCCCCAUCUCAGGCUACCCGUUUUAUAUGCUUAUUGAGACCUUAGGCAGCAACAGCAUGCACGAUGAGGAAAAGAUGAACGAAUUUAUUCAAGAGGGCAUGAGUAAAGGAGAAAUACAAGAUGGGACCAUUACUGCAGAGCCGGGUAAGGUGCAGGAACUAUGGAAAAUAAGAGAGAUGGUGCCUUUAGGCUUGAUAGAGAAAAGCUUCUGCUUCAAGUAUGAUAUCUCGCUUCCGCUACGUGACUUUUAUAACAUCGUCAACGUAAUGCGCGAGCGCUGCGGCCCCCUGGCAACUGUUGUGUGCGGUUAUGGACAUUUGGGCGAUUCCAAUUUGCAUUUAAAUAUUUCGUGUGAGAAGUUUAACGACAAAAUCUACAAGUGUGUCGAGCCCUUUGUAUACGAAUAUACAGCAAAGCUAAAAGGCAGCAUCAGUGCGGAGCAUGGCAUCGGUUUUCUUAAGAAGGACUAUUUAAAGUACUCAAAAAAUGCAGUGGCCAUAAGCUGGAUGCGUGAUAUGAAGAAUAUGUUUGAUCCUAAUGGAAUCUUAAACCCCUACAAGAUGCUUAACUAAGUGACUAAGUAUAGUUCUAUAUAUCUUUAUAUCAAAAACAAAAUGAAAAAAGCGUCUGUAUCCAUCUGCUGCCCAAAAUUUUCAACCAACUUAGUUGAUUUUUUUUUAUUCUAUAGAUAAUUAUGGCAUAAACGUAAAAGGCCAAAAAUCAAUUCAGUCAAAACCGUUGUUUAAAAAGCAAGAGAUAUUAAAUAAAGUAACUUUCAUGCUUGUGUAUGAGCCAGACAGAAUGUACGUA